AUGGACGCAAUGCAGCUUCAAGAGACUUCACCACCACAACAACAAGACACAACCAAACAGAAGGAAAAGAGAAUAAACAAAAAUGAGAUAUAUAAAAUGAGGAGUGAUGCGGCACAGCAGAAAGGAAGAAGAGUUGAGAAGGAGGUUUUAGUGGAUAAUGAGGAUGACAAGGAGGAUGCAGAAGAUGUUGAGGUUGAUGUGGAGAUUGACAAUGAUGAUGAAGUUGAGGAUGUAAGUGAAGAUUUAGUUGACGUGGAGAUUGAGGAUGCAGGGGAGGUUGAUAUUGAAGAAGAAGUGGAAGUGGAAGUGGAAGUGGAUGUGGACAGUGAUGAUGAAGUAGGAAUGGAAGGACUCAGUGGUGAUGAAUACGUGGAUGAUGACACUGAAAAAGAAACCCAAGAAUGUAGGGGUUUGUCAGAUGAUGAUUGGGAGUCUGAUAAGCUUUUAACUCCUGAAAAUAGUGAAAGUGAGGAGGAUGACAACAUUGAUACAACCUGUGUAGGUCCUUACUCAAAAUAUGCAAAGCAGAAGUCCAUGGCAGAUUAUAAGUGGGAAGUGGGGACUAUUUUUACUAACAGGGAAGAGUUUAAGGAUGCUAUUAGAAGAUAUGAUGUUCAUGCUGGGAGGGAUCUAAAAUUUAUAAAAAAUGAUAACCGUAGGGUUAGGGUGGCAUGCAUGGGUGGGCAAGGGAAGUGUCCAUGGAUAGCUUAUUGUGGUUAUCUGCCUACACGCAAAAUUUGGCAAUNGAGGAAGAUAAUUGAUACUCAUAGUUGUAGUAGGCAACUUAAUAUUAAACUGAUGAAUGCUAAGUGGUUAAGUCANGAAAUAGAUAGAUCUAUAGUUGACAAUCCUAAUUUAAAGGUGAAUGAUAUUCGUACCAAAGCAUUAAGAAAAUGGAAUACUNAUGUGUCAAUAUCCAAGGCAAGAAGGGCAAAGUUAAUUGCCACAAGACAAGUUGAAGGAGAUUUCAAAGAACAGUAUAAAAGGGUUUACGACUAUGGACAUGAGCUUUUAAGGUGUAACCCAGGGUCAACUGUGCAGAUUAAAGUUGAUUCUCAUAAUGGUGACCAAAUCUUUCAAAGAAUGUAUAUUUGUCUGAAAGCUUGUAAAGAAAGUUUCAAAAGUUGUAGGCGCAUUAUAUGUCUAGAUGGAUGUUUCUUGAAAGGUGUUUACAAGGGGGAGUUGCUGACUGCUNUUGGUAGGGACCCAAACGAACAAAUGUUACCCAUUGCCUAUGCAGUAGUAGAAGUAGAGAACAAAGACAGCUGGACAUGGUUUUUGCAAUUGUUAAUUGAAGACCUCGGUGGCAGUGAAGUAUGUAGAGGGUGCACAUGGAUGUCAGACCAGCANAAGGGCUUGGUCCUAGCCAUUGAGGAGCUUCUACCUCGGGCAGAACAAAGAUUCUGUGUGAGACACCUUUAUGCCAACUUNAGGAAAAAGUUUGGUGGGCAGGUAUUAAAAAAUCUAAUGUGGAGGGCUGCAACCAACACAUACCCCCAGGCUUGGGAAAGAGAAGUGCUCAAAAUUAAAGAAGUGAAUAUUGAAGCCUAUAAAUACCUCAUAGGCAUUGAACCAAGGUUUUGGUCAAGAUCAUGCUUCACAGGUCAAGCAUUGUAUGAUACACUAGAUAACAAUAUCACUGAAGCUUUUAAUAGUGUUCUUAUACAUGCAAGAGGAAAACCAUUAAUCACAAUGAUGGAGGAUAUUAGAGUGUAUGUCAUGAAAAGGUGGGCCAACAACAGAACCAAGGUGGCAUCUAUGGACUUCACCAUAUGUCCAAAGAUAAAGACCAGACUUCAGAAGGAAAGUAAUAUGUCUAGAUUUUGGUUGCCAAGUUUCAUCAUGAGCGAAGCUGAGAAGUUUGAGGGCUUGGUGCUUCUGAAGGUGGGGCCAUCGCCAUCGCCAUUAUCAGAAUGGAAUUCCUGUCAUUGCUUUGGUGGACCCAUUUAG